AAGGGCCAGAGCCUUAGCAUCUAUACCGACGGCAGUGGCAUAGAAGGCGAGAUUGGUGCUGCAGCAGUAUGCCCACUCACACAUCAGACCCGCACAGUGCACAUGGGGUCAGACACAACCUCGACAGUCUACGCCACCGAGCUACAAGGUAUCAGCCUCGCACUACAAAUAGCACAAGAGUACGCAGAGCGAGGGGGUGAGAGGCGGAAGGUAGCCAUCUACACAGACAAC